AAAGUCCAGUAGAUGAAAGGUUUAAUGUUGAUCAGAAAAACCUGAGGAUGUCGUGCAGGAACGGGGCUCUUCACAGAAGUUCAUAGAUCAGAUAGAUUGAUUUGUUUUACAGAGUGUGUGAGAGCUGCAGACAUGCAGCAGGCUGUGGAGUCUCUGGUCCGCCUGCUGGAGUCCUACAGAGGAAGAGACAAAGUUAUCAGGACGAUGUGUUAUGGCUCCCAGCUGGUCGGAGGAGUUCUCUCGCGUAAGGCAGAAGCAGACGUUUCAUCACGCCAGCUCGGGAAAAGUCUGCUGCUGUUUUCUGCUCAGCUCAGUCACUGCAGGACGGUGCUGAGGCUGUUCGAUGAUCUGUCCAUGCUGGCUUACUCACACGGCUACGGGUUUGGAGCCGAGGAAGAGGACACAGUCGUUCGCUGGAUAUCAAUACUGAACAACGUGGCCGACCAGCUCUACUACCCUUGUGAACACAUCGCCUGGGCUGCAGACGCUGAGCUGAUCAAACUGAAGUCUGAUAAAUGGUGGCUGUUCAGCACGGUGCUGUGGGGAACCUCGCUGCUGCUGGGAAUACUCAGGUCGCUACGAGUUCUGCUGCUACUGAAAAAGAAGCUGAAGAGAUGUGAGAGAGAUGGAACUGGCAGCAGUCGCUCUCGCCUUCACAGGCAGAUGCAAGGAGAGCUGCUUUCCAUCCUCAGCAGCAUGGCUGACCUCAGUAACGCCGUUCACUGGAUGCCGCCCGGCUUCCUGUGGGCAGGACGAUUCCCCAGCUGGCUGGUCGGACUGAUGGGUACCACCUCAUCUGUGAUUGGUUUGAUCCAGAUGAACGGUGGCAGCAAUGACCAAUCUGAAAGUGCCUAGUCCUCACCUCACAGGGGGAGAUGUUUUAUCAGCACUGCAGGAAUCACAUGUAUCUGUGGAAAAAGCUGAGCGAAAGGAUGUCGAGUCAUUCUUUAACCUGGUCAGACUCAAGUCAGACUGUCUGUGGAGAUUCAGUGCAGUUUUCUAUUGAGUAAAAUGUCCAAAAAACAUGAAUCAACAUCCUCUAGACUUAUAACUAAAUAGUAAUAAGUGAACAUCAUCAAAAACAUCUAAAAGAUUU